GCCCCGAUGGGUGUGGACAGGGCUGCUGCAGGGAAAAUGCUCAGGGUAGUCCCGGACAUCUAUAAAGAGGCUGUGCUGUGCUGCCAGCCUGCCUCCAGCCCAGCGCCGUAGAGAUGGCAGUAGAAUUUGAGACUUUCCGCAUGCCUUACAAUCGGGCUGUCCCCUGGGGCUUGGAUGCGGACUCCUGGGUGAUGCUGGAAGGCCUCAUUCUGAAGCAGAGCAAAGGAUUUAAUGUGGAAUUUGCUUACGGGCAGUUCAACGGGGCCAAUAUCCCUCUGAAAUUCAAGCUCCGCUUCGAGAGAACCCCAGAGUCUUCCAACAGCCCCGUGCUGACUCUCAACAGCUUUGUAAAUCAACAGUGGGGGAAAGAGAUCCGGACAAAAACUCACUUCCAGCAAGGCCAAAAGUUCAAGAUUUCUUUCAUCGUCACCAGCAAAAGUUACAAGAUAAUGGAGAACAACAUUUUACUUUCCGAAUUUGACCACCGCCUUUCACCCAAGGCCAUCCGUUUCCUGGGAAUGGAUGGGGACAUCAAGCUGGAGAAAGUCGUCUUCAGCUGGGAGAAGAACAGUGAAACCAGCAAUCUUAGGUUUGAUGAAAGCUAGCACGAGAAUCGUGCAAAUCAAAUUAUGCAUUCAGGCUACUUUAUAAGUUGAUUUUGCAGCCAACAUCAAAGACUAUCCUGCUGACAUUCCGAGGUGGCAUCUUGGCGAAUGAAAGGAAACAGAGUUAUUGUCACUGUUUUUAUUUGGAACUGCAAAAAUAAAUGUUAUUUGGAUUUUUCUGGAUCUACUGCAGCCUUCAGGAGUGUCCAAAGGGUGUGGUCAGAAAAGUCAAGGCGACACACACAUAAAACACAGGCACGGCUUCAAUUUUCCAUCACUUUUAACUUGUUCUUCCUCAUCCACAUCCAGGGCCACCAAAUUAAAAUGUUGGUCUCCUAUCAAAUCAAUCAUAAAAACAAUACUACUUGUAUGUACGAACACAACUUCUCUGGCUUUUUGGUGAGGGAAUUUUGUAAGACAACCAGAUCCUACGUUGCUUUAGGAUUAGAGUCCAAGUUGAUUAAAAUUCUCAACAUUGCACCAUUUUCCUCGAACGUAGGAAGAAAUUCUAGGCCAAAGUUGAACCAGGGAAGCAAAACUUUACCAAGAAACAUUUAUAAAUGGAUUUUCCCCUAGAAGCUUUUACUAUAUCCAUCGUAUUUCAGAAAAAUAUUGCUUAGAAUAGGAAGUGAAUAAACAAUAAGAUAUUGCUGGUUAUUUUUGAUUCAGUCGCCUAAGUCCAUACUGGAUUGGUCCCCGAAACUCUUUCCAGUCAAACUGGU